CUUUUAUCAAUUGAUACGAAUCUGUCCACACCGUUCAUUCAGAUCUCUUGCAAAUAAUACACGAAAUAAAAUCCAUGAAAAUGACGAGAAUCCAUAUUUCUAUCCUGAUCUUGGUCAUAAUUCAGAUUUCCCUCGGAAAUUGUUCCCCUCCAGAAGAUAAAAAUAACUACUACGUGGAAGCAUAUCGACAAGAAGGUGAUUCCGAAACUCUCAUCUUAAAAAUAAAACCCGUGGAAAACGAUCUGAACCAAGUUUCACCCCCGUUCGAAAUUUUGACCAGGAAAAGUAACCCAGAACCAAAAUGGCAAGGUCGGCAGGAGGAAGAUGAAGAUGACGACGGCCCCAGCACGACGCCAUACAUUCCUAUGAUCAUUCCCGGAUUGACCAAAAUUUUUAAUGGGAUCGUUACCGGAAAUUUGAAUGAGAUUUUUCACGGAUCGACCAGUUUCGCCCCGAAAAACGUAAGUUACGCGAUUGACUCGGUUUACAAUCAAGUCGUGGGAAUCCCCCCGCCCAAAACGACCGUUCUUACCGUUCCGACUACCACGACCGUUAAACCCGUCGUCGUUUUGGCGGGAAACGGUACAGCGUCACAAGCCACACAAGCAGCAGUCGUGGUGACCACAGCGGGAAGCGUGGACGAGGACGAAGACGGUACCGACACCGAGUCAGAGUCUGAAACGGACACGGCGCGAAGAGAAGUUCCCGCCGUGGUCAGGUCGGGACGAAGAAUGGGGCGACGAUUCUUCUAAUGAAAAGAAAUUUUCAUACAAAUUUUGAAAACUCUAAUUUAAUUAAUUUAUGAAAUUUUGACCAAUAAAAUUAUGACAAUGUUAACAUUUUUAAUUUAUUCUGUUAUAUUAAUUUAAGCAUAAUUGACAUUUCUUCAAAAGUAAAAGUAUAAUGAGAAUUCGUUUUAAAUUAGAUAAUUUUGGAAUUGUGACCAAUAAAACUUUUUGAUUCUGAG